UUUUCGCAGAAACUGAUUGUCAGCCUACAUAUAAGUUGAUAUCAUCUGAUAAUUUGAAGUAUUUUAAUCAGCGUACUAGAAAGGUCCAGAUGUUUAUGAACAAAGAGAAAAGAAGGAUAACAAUUUAAAGCUAAUUUUUUGGUAAAUAAGAUCCAGAUAAACAAACUUAACUAUCUUAUUGAAGAACUAAGAGAAUGUCUCACAACAAAGCAGAAUCUUUGCAUUUUUAUAAUUAUUUGUGUCAUAAGAUCGGUUCAGAGGAAGUUGUAAAAGCGAGACGACUGACACUGACAAGUCAAGAUAUUGCAGGUUCACCUAAAGACUUUUUAAGACUAAGCAGUGGCAGUAAAGGAGAAGGUCUAAAUCUAAAUGGUAGUGAUUUAGAUGUGAUGUUCUUUGAUCAAAGAUUCAAAGUAUAUGAAUCAGAGAGAGAAGCUGUCCAGAAUCAUGAUUGUGUGUUAGUUAUGGAAACAGAAGAUACACAACCAUGCUACACAUAUCUUCGUCUAUUCACAAAUUAUAACAUUUUACCAAACAAAUACAAACAAGUGCUCCAGCAACAAUCUGGGAAGAACCUUAUUUCAAGUGAACUUUACAAAUUAUGGAUGAUAGACAACACUAUUUCAGACAUCAUGAUUAAUUCACCAAUAAACAAUAUCCAUGGACCCUGCUUAUCAGAUAAAAAAGGCGAGUAUGAUGUUGCAUUCUGCUUUCAGUGUGAUCAGUGGGUCUCUCAUGCACAGCCAUGGAUUACUAGAGCACGUGAAACAUGGCCGUCACCUGAACUUAUUUCAAAAAUAACUUUAUGUGGUGUCUUAUUCGUUCCUAUUGGCUACAAAGGAUCUAAAAAUGAUCAUCUACAAUGGAGAAUUUCUUUUUCAAUAGCUGAAAAGUUACUUAUAUAUUCUUUUAGUCAUACUCAGUUUCUUUGUUAUGCACUGUUAAAAGUUUUAUUAAAAGAAAUAGUCGAUAGAAAUGAAAACUUAAAAGGUUUAUUAUGUUCAUAUUUCUUGAAGACAUUGAUGUUUUGGAUUGCUGAAGAAACAGAACCCUAUAUUUGGAGAUCAGACAAUAUAAUACAAUGUUUUAGGGUUUGUUUAAAACGAUUGUUAUACUGUAUUGAAUAUUCUACAUUGUUACAUUAUUUCAUUCCAGACAAUAACUUGUUCUAUUUAAGGUUUACCAACAAAAAAAGGGACACUUUAAUCAAUAUCUUAAAGAAUUCAUAUAUAAAAGGAAUUGAGAUUUUCUCAUUUUCUCAGACUCUGCACGACUACAGCAUUUUGUGCAGUAGAUUUCAUAAAGAAAUUACCAGAUCUAGAAGCAAAAAGGAUAAAUUAAUUAGAGAAAUAGGAUUUUUUUGGAGAAAUGACACGUUUCUUUUCGUUUGUGGUGGUUCUUUAAGUUGUAAUGUAAAGAACUUAUGUAACACUUUGCUGUAUCAUUGUAGAACUGAAUUAUCUAAAUUUAUCUUUACUGUUUCUUUAUCAAAAAGUUACAAAAUGAUUUGCGUUCAUCAUACAGAACAAAUUAAUAACCCAAACAAUAAACAACCGUACAACAGUUACAGACAUCAACUCAGUCAGCUUUUGGUUGGGACACAUUCAGAUGCUGUAUCAGGAUGGCUGACAUUAGCCUCUUUCUUUUAUGUCCAUAAACAUUACUUAAAAACAAUAGCCAUAACAAAUCAUGCUUUGUCAAAAUGUUCAAAUGAAAUUUUGACUCCUUUUAAUUCUUGUACAUUUAUCAAAAAGCAAGAAUGUGAGCUGAAAAUGAUAAUGAAAGAAAGGCUGAGCUCAGUAUGGAAAAAAAUAAUAAUUCAAAUGGUAUUAUUGAAGAGUGUUAUCUCACCAACAGAACUUACAUUAAAUAUUAGUGACCUUUAUUUAAAUGGUUACCAUCCCAUUUCAUUUGCACACCUACUAAGUUUUUUAAGUAAUUACCAUCUCAAUGAUAAUAUAUCAUGUAGGCAAUCUCUGUUACAGUUUAUAGAUACAUGUACACACAAUAAAAUGUGUGUAACAGAACGAAUCAAAUACAAUGAUAUUCUUCAGGCACGUUUAUCAUAUAUAUUCAGUAAUCCAACAUGUAAGAGACAAGUUUGUGAAAGUGUGGCCAGAUUGAUGAAUAUGUUUAAUAAAGUGUUACAUGCCAGAAUAUAGAAUAAAGACUCAAAAGAGACUGAAAAAACUUGAAACUACCAUUUAAUAUUAUAUUAAUCUAAGUUUAAUGUAUUCUGAAACAAUAAAAGUGUACUCACUGCAUUAUUCAUGUUAUUGUGUUAACAUAUGUAAACAAAAGUACCAAAAAUGUACUUAUUGCAUAAACAUUUUAAAUCUAUGUGCUAUAAACAUAUUUAUUGCAUAGCAACAUAAUAUUUCCCACAGAAAGUAACCAAAAGUUAGCAUGCAAUAAAUCUUUAAAAUUCAUGACGUCAUCAACAACAAAAUCUUAGUUUAAACCAAUUUUUACUUUCAAAUAUAAUAUUGCUAUACAAUAAAAGGUUUAAGCUUGCUAGUGCAAUAUAUGUUCUACGAGGGACAAUAUUCCCCAAUAUUCAUGCAACAAUCCUAUAAUAUGCAAUGCUAAGUUGAAUGUAAAUAAAAUAUAAAU